GGGAAGGGGCCGCGGGCUCAGGCAGCAGGACUUGAUCGCCGAUUUGUAGCCCAGCGGGGAGCGAAGCCAUUUACCAUGGAACCCGUGACCAAGUGGAGCCCCAAACAAGUGGUGGAUUGGACCAGAGGUUUAGAUGAUUGCCUGCAGCAGUACGUCCACAAGUUUGAACGGGAGAAGAUAAAUGGAGAGCAGCUGCUGCAGAUUUCCCACCAGGAUCUUGAGGAGCUGGGUGUCACUCGAAUUGGACACCAGGAACUUGUGUUGGAGGCUGUCGACCUUCUCUGUGCACUGAAUUAUGGCCUUGAAACUGAUAACAUGAAGAACUUGGUUCUGAAGCUGCGUGCGUCUUGCCACAACUUACAGAAUUACAUAAGUAGUCGGCGGAAGAGUCCAGCUUAUGAUGGGAACACCUCCCACAAGCCCCCCAAUGAGUUCCUGACUUCUGUGGUGGAGCUCAUAGGCGCUGCCAAGGCCUUGUUAGCUUGGCUGGACCGGGCUCCAUUUACAGGGAUCGCUGACUUCUCAGUAACGAAGAACAAAGUCAUUCAGCUUUGUUUGGAUCUGACCACUGCAGUCCAGAAGGAUUGCCUUGUAGCAGAAAUGGAGGAUAAAGUUUUAACUGUAGUCAAGGUUUUGAAUGGCAUCUGUGAUAAAACAAUCCGAUCUACCACGGAUCCUGUUAUGAGCCAGUGUGCGUGUCUGGAAGAAGUUCACUUACCCAACAUUAAACCUGGGGAGGGCCUGGGCAUGUACAUCAAAUCGACCUACGAUGGAUUGCACGUGAUUACGGGAACCACAGAAAACUCUCCUGCAGACAGAUCUCAGAAGAUUCACGCUGGGGAUGAAGUCAUUCAGGUCAAUCAGCAAACUGUGGUGGGAUGGCAGCUAAAAAAUCUGGUGAGAAAAUUGAGAGAGAAUCCUUCAGGAGUUGUGUUACUGCUGAAGAAGCGCCCCACGGGUACUUUCAACUUUACUCCUGCUCCCCUGAAAAACCUGCGGUGGAAGCCGCCUCUUGUCCAGACCUCACCUCCACCCACGACAACCCAGUCCCCUGAAAGCACUAUGGAUACCUCGCUGAAGAAGGAGAAGCCAGCCAUCCUGGAUCUUUAUAUUCCUCCUCCACCGGCCGUUCCCUACUCUCCCCGGGAUGAGAACGGAAGUUUUCUUUAUGGAGGAUUCAGUAAGUGUAAACAGCCGUUGCCGGGUCCUAAGGGUUCAGAGUCCCCCAAUUCCUUCUUGGACCAGGAAAGCCGAAGACGCAGAUUUACCAUCGCUGACUCGGAUCAGUUGCCUGGGUAUUCGGUGGAAAGCAAUGUUCUGCCCACAAAAAUGAGAGAGAAAACACCAUCUUAUGGCAAGCCCCGGCCUCUGUCCAUGCCUGCGGAUGGGAGCUGGAUGGGGAUUGUGGACCCUUUUGCAAGACCUCGAGGUCAUGGGAGGAAAGGUGAGGACGCCCUUUGCCGGUAUUUCAGCAAUGAGCGGAUCCCUCCGAUCAUCGAAGAAAGCGCCUCUCCUCCCUACCGUUUCUCAAGACCCACGCCGGAGAGGCAGCUGGUCCGAGGCGCAGACUACAUCCGAGGGAGCAGGUGCUACAUCAGUUCAGAUCUCCAUAGCAGCGCCACGAUUCCAUUCCAGGAGGAAGGGACCAAAAAGAAAGCCGGCUCCUCCGCAGCCAAGUCCUCUUCUACAGAGCCGUCCCUGCUGGUCAGCUGGUUUACUCGCCUGAAACUGUUGACUCACUGAGCCCGGCCCUUCCUGGACUCCUCAGUGGCUCCUGCUACCAAGUGCCUUGCUCCUUCAGCUGACGACCUGCUCUGAUUUCACCCACAGUAUUAUGUAGCGACCUUAUACGAUUUCAUUUUUUGUUUUGAAAGUUGCUUACUGCCUUUCUUGGAAUUUUGAAGUAAAUGAAUGGGAACAAAUCCAGAGGAUCUGAGAUGCUGGUUUGUGGAGACAGGAGGAGAGAAAUGGGUAGAGUCUGCUUUUCUUGCUUCCUUAGGGUCGGAACACAGAGACACACUCACUCUGUAAACUGGAGCCUCGCCAGGAAUGUUUUGGUCAUUAGAAGGAACUGGGGCAUUGUUUGUUUUUGGGAGUGGGACUAAAAUUGGUGGCCAUUGUCACACAGAUGUGUUGGUUUGUGGUCCAACUUCUUCACCUGAAAAAGCUAGUGGAGAAAACAUUUUUUGUUUUGAUUUUUCAAGCUAUAUACCGUAUUUGUAAGUGUAGCAGCUUUGACUUUGAAGUAAGAUGUGGCAAGUGUCUGAUAUUCUUUCAAAGCAAAGGUUUACGUGUAGGCCUGUUACACUUGGUUAAUCCCCUUUUCAUAAUGAUCUCUCAGUAUAGGUCAGUUAAUACAGAAACACAGGGACACAUUUAGAUAGGGCUUGUUACACACCAAGAAGUUUAUGGUUAUUUGUGAGGGGUGUCGUUGUUAUCGUUAUAUAUUAUUAUCUUUAAGGAGAAAGAAAGAUUUAUAAGAUUUGCUGACAGCCAAAGUAUCAUUCAGAAAGAUGAAGCAACAAUACUUAGGUUUGUGAGAGAUACAUCAGUUUUGCAUUUUGACCUGUUCAAUGUCUAUCUUCCAGAAAAGAAUGGACAGUUCUUUAAAAUUGUACACAUUUUGCUAAUUAGAAAUUUCUCGGAAAGUCUCAUGGUCACUAAUUUUCAACUAGCAUCAGCUAUUUUGGAUAAGCGUGUCUGGAUAUUAACUCCUGUUUAAACUGAAUGUAUGAUAUUUUGUUAGAAUGGAAAAGUGCUAUCUUGUUAAUUUAAGUGUUUUAAAUAUAGUUGUAUAUUUUUCUUA